AUGUGGGACGUCCAGCACAUGAAAUGGGCCAGCAUCCGCGCCAUCGCAAACACCUCGCUCUACAUUCGCCGAUCGUCCUGGUUCUCUCCAGCGACGCAGCCUGACCGCGAGAAGACACACGAAUGCCGUCCGAACCUGUACGCGUGCCGCAUCUUCUUACCUCGAGAACAUGACGGACAGCAGCGAUUACCACUCGUCAUCCGCGUCCACGGAGGCGGCUUCGUCGUCAACGCUCCCCCAGCAGAUGAUCCACUGGCCCGCUACCUGGCCGACAAUGCCAACUGCAUCGUCGUAAGCAUCGACUACGGCAAAGCGCCGCACAACAAAUUGUCUGCCGCAUAUGAGGAUGUCAUUGCGUUGUCGCUCGCCGUGAUGGAGGACCCCGAACUCCCCGUCGAUCGCAGCAAAGUCGUGCUCAGCGGCAACUCUGCUGGCGGGAACCUAGUACUCGCCACUGCACAGGACCCGCGACUACGUUCGAAAGUUAUGGGUGUUGCGGCGAUAUAUCCGCUGGUCGAUCUAGUACCCGAAGGACAUGCAAAGAUGGCUACACGUCCAGACGCUUCGGUCCCGGACUUCCUUGGUAGCGACACCUACUCUGGCCUUUUCCCCCUCAUCUUUGAUCCGGUUGAGAAGCCUUCCUUGACAGAUCCCACGGUCAGUCCUAUAUACUUCAAAGACCGCGAAAGUCUACCGCCCCAGGUACUGAUGAUUGGGGCGCAACACGACAUGUUCUGCUACGAGGAUGAGUCUAUGGCUGAGAAGCUGGCGGCUGCAGGUAAUGGGGCCAAGGUCGAGACGAAGGCCGGUUGGAAGGCCCCUGGAGUGCAAUGGCAUAAGAUCAUGGGUCAGCCGCAUGCGUUUGAGGUGUUUGCUGCCAAAGAGCCGGAGAUGGAGAAGGCGAGGCUGGCGGCGGUGGAUGAGCUGUAUUCGGUGAUUUCGGGGUGGUUGGAGGAGGUCUGUAACGAAGGUGGUAGGACGUAG